GGAAGGAGCGGAGCGGGCCGCGGCCUGGGGUGGGGGCUCGGCGGCGGGGCAGGCCAGGCCCGGCCCGGCUCGGCUCGGUUCGCUCUCUGAGGAGCGAGGGCUGGGGGGGCCGCCUCCCUGAGGCGCUCACUCCGCGGACGCUUUCCUUCGCGACCCGCUGUCGGCGGCACCAUGUCGGCCCUCCCGAGGAGCUACAACCCCUUCGCCGAGGAGGAGGAGGAGGAGGCGGCGGUGACAUGGCCGGCGAGGGGUAGCGGGGAGGCGGGCGGCGCCGAGCGGCAGCGGUACCUGCAGCAGGAGGUGCUGCGUCGCUCCGCCGCCACUGCCGACAGCACCGCCCGCUCCCUCUCGCUCCUCUACGAGUCCGAGCGGAUCGGCGUGGCCGCCUCCGAGGAGCUUGUACGUCAAGGAGAGGCCCUGAAGCGUACAGAACAGAUGGUAGAUAAAAUGGACCAGGACUUGAGGACUAGUCAAAGGCACAUAAAUAGCAUUAAGAGUGUUUGGGGGGGCUUGGUAAACUACUUCAAAGCCAAACCUCCAGAGAGCAAGCCAGAGCAGAAUGGAACCCCUGAAUAUUAUGCUAACAGUAGAUUAAAAGAAGCAAUGAUGUCUAGUAAAGAACAAGAGUCAAAAUACCAGGAAAGUCAUCCAAAUUUAAGGAAGCUAGAUAAUUCAGACAAUGAUUUCAGCAAAGCAGAUUUUGUUUCUUCAGUGCAAAGGGAUUCCUACCCAAAGAACCAACACCUGCGAGCUUAUCACCAGAAAAUUGACAACAACUUAGAUGAGAUGUCUUCUGGGUUGAGUCGUCUGAAAAACCUAGCUCUUGGUCUGCAGACAGAAAUAGAUGAGCAAGAUGAUAUGCUGGAUCGGCUAACAAAAAAAGUAGAGACACUGGACGUCAAUAUUAAAAGCACUGAUAAAAAAGUCCGACAACUUUAAGGGGUUUUUAAAAUUUUUUUUUGUCCGGCAUCAGUUCUUCUUGGAUAUCUUAGCUCAACCAAUCUCUUAAAAAAAUCUUGGGCAGUAGCUGUUUCUCUUUUUUCUGAUAUGUUAUUGAUUUUGUUGUCAUUAAAAUUGCAUAAUCUUAAGUGCAGCAUAAUACCUUAAAUUUCUUCCUAAUGUACACAGGAAAAGUGCAGGUUGAGUAAAAUCUCUCAGCACUUGGUAAAUGCUUUUGUGCUGGAUGCCCUGCUCAAUUGUAUAACUGUGUGUCAUGUGCGUGGAGGAAUUUUCAAUGUACAAAGCUUCAGUGUCCUUGGCCUGGGAGCUGUGAUGAGAGAAGUAACUGCACUUUGCCUCUGUUUUGGGGAGGGGGCAGGGGGAACAGAAUGUGCUGCUUUGUUCAGAACAAAUGUUGCUAAUUCUGUUUACCUACAGCUAUUUUAAAUUCUGAAAAAAAAUGCCGAUUUCCAGCUGUAAAAAUAAUUUGAAGUGACUGUUCUCUGGCACUUCUGGGGCUUAAGGAACGAACUGUUCUGUGGAAGUUGUAAAAUAUCAAGGGUGUCGUGCAGUAAUGAUAAUAUCUUGUGCGUGUUCCCUUUCCUAAGAUGACUUUUGCCAAAUGGUGGAUCCACGAACUGUGGUUCUUAUGUUUGGGUCACUAAAUGCUAUCACCUUUACAGUAUUUUCAGUAGAGAUCUCUAAGGGUAUCUUACGGUCUGCAAGAAAUGUUGAUUGACAGUGACCCAAAAAAUUUGGUUUACAAAAUCAGGACUUAAAGCUAUGUGCUCUUAAAGAUUCUUUUGUAGAAAUUGUCACCAUCUGCUUUUUUUUUUCCUGCUCUUUCUCAGCUUAUUCAGUUAGGUGGUUAUUUGAAAAAUAGCUUCCAUUUUAGAAAUGGAGAGUUGGUCUGAUGUUGCACAAACAGAUCAUAGGAGGUUGUUCUUUAACAUUCAUUUCAAAUGUGAUUAGGGAUUGAGCAGAUGCUGUGUUUUCCUAGGCAAUGUGACUGUUUUUAAGAAACUCAGCUAUGGUUCACAUACUUCUGCAUUGGCUUAGCAGGUAUGAAAAUUUCCUGCAAAUGAAGAAAAGCUCAAAAAUGUUUUUGAGUCUUCCAGAUACAAGGUGGGCCUUCCAAUUUGUUUUACUCGUUUGUAAGUAUCACUGUAGAACAAAAUAAUUACAAUUCUGCUCCAGCUUGAAGACAUGACAAUGAGAACUUGCUGUCUUGAAAACAAAUGUUAUUUUGGUUUGGAGAGGCCAAGGGCCCUGUGUCAGUAUUGCAACACUUGCUAUCACAAAUGACAAUGAGUGGCUAAGAAGAGAUAGUUACUUUUAUGAGCUGGUGCCACAUUAUCUUAGGAAUUAAAUGAAGACCUUGGUGUUUAGGGCUAUCGAGCUUGUAUCCUUCAUGAACAUCACGUUCACACCCUCCCUUUUCCUUUUUUUUUUUUUCCAAGGGAUUUGUUACCUUGAGCUCACUUGCUACAAAGUGCGCCCAGUCAUUAAGGAGAUAAAAGAAAUCUUGAGCCUUUCUUGUUUUACUGUCUCCUGAAAGUUCACUUGUAGAAAAAUAAAUCACUAAAAAAGCUACACUUCUUGGACAUAGUAUUAUUUAAAAAAAUAUUAUUCCUGGGAUUACUAGCAAAGUAGAGUUGUGAAUUAGAUUUAAGGUGAGCCUUUUUCCCCUUAUAUUACUGAUGUCAUUGAUUUCAGUCCCUAAAAAAAAAAAAAGUGUUUUCCAGGGAUGUAAAACUUCAAGAACUUUUUGAGUACCUUUUAAUUGCUUUUUAAUUUUCACUUUGUGUCAUUUAUGCUUGUUUGCAACUAUUAAAAAACCUUAUUAAUGUAUCAUCCAACUCUUUGGGUGUAUACCAUGAGUAAUUCUCUCUUAUUCUGUUAAAAUAUUUGAGUGACACAAUUUGAUGUCUCAAGAUGGUUGAUACAUUUAUUUAGCAAAUAAUGAUACAGUCAUUAGUUUUCAAAAUGAAAACUUCCUCAGUGAAGGAAGAUUGAAAUUUUGAUUAUAAAUCAAAAUUUUGAUUAUAAAUCAAAAUUUAGUUUCUUAUUUGACUUUUUCCUUUUAAUAAAAAGGGUGAAAAGACUUGUCUUAUCCCAGUGCUGGUUGACAGAAACACUUGCGUCUUAGAAAGGAUGUAUAAAUUCUCUCCAGAACAUUGCAUGGUAAUUAACACUCCUUUUAAUGUGAAAUCUGCCUUCACCUGUAUGCAGCCAUUUCAUAACUAAAUUUUUUCCAAAGUAAGACUUCAGUAACUAGGAUGUGAACUGAAAAUUUCUCCACUAAGUUAUGACUAAUGAAGGAAAAAAAUGUAGCUGGAUGAUCUAGUUGUGUUACAUGUAAUAAGAAAUGUGGAGGUUGAAUCCAAGCAAAAAUUUUUGUUUAUUUAAGAGUGAAGUGUGCUGCCUUUCUGAUGUAAGCUAUUCCAUUUUUCUGAUUUAUUUCACAAAAUGAACUCAAGUUUUUGGUCAACUCUUUAGUUGUAUUAACCUUAUGAAAUGUUUACUGCAUCCUGGAUAUCUUUGAUGCCUUUAAAAACACAGGCAGGGAAGGGGAAUAAAAAAAAUAAAUCCCUCUUUCUGCUUUGAGAACCUCGUGAUCCAAGCAGACUAGAAAACCAGGAUCUCAGCCAUGUGGAAGUUACACAGAGGUCUAACUUCUCAUCUCUUCUAACAAUCCUAUUCACUGUCUCAGUAAUGUAUGUCUUUGCUUAGGCUUUCCUGCUUUAUUUAUUAUUUUUUGGUUUGGUUUUUUUCAGUGGCCUUGUUUUAAAGGAUUAUUUCCCACAUUGGAUUUCUUUUGUGGGGAAGAAAGACUGUGCAUGGGUAUAAAUGAACUUCUGCUACAAACUGAAUUCCCUUUCUCAGUUUUCCUAUGGAUGCUUUAUGCUGAUAAAGAACUUAAGUCUAACUGACAUGAGGAGACAAAACUAUUUUGUAAUAGUGAUGAAUUUUUUUGCUUGUUAGAAUAAAAUAACUUUCCAUCCUGCAGAAAGGGGAAAUUUAAAUGAAAAAAACCCACAAUUUUUGCCUUUCCAGGAGAUGUCAUUUUGCAUGUGUUAUGAAGGAUGUGUUUCAGUAGCUUUUCUUACGAUUUCCUGAGAUAGUUUUAUUUCUUCUUGGAUACUGCUGAAAAACUUACCUUGUGUAGGGUAUAGGAAUUCCAGAAGAAAUUUAAUAUACGCUCAAGUGCUAACUUGGUAAGUUAAAUGAUUUUGUCUAAAUACUCAUGUUGGCAUAGAAAUUGGAGUCCUUCCAGCAAAAUAGCUCGGGUUAAUUUUACUCUUAUUGGCUUGAGUAGAAGUUUAAUAUUAAGGUCAGAAGAAGAUAGCAAAAACAAAAACCAUUUUAUGUCAUCUUUAUCAAAGGCGAUUUUCUUGCAUCUCAAAGUUUGCUAAUAAAUUUUGAAGAGGUUUUAAACACCGGGAAGUAGCAUACCCUUCAUAAUAUAAAUAUAAGAACACGUACUCUAAAAACAGCAAGGAAAAAAAAAGUGGGAAUAAGCAGUAUCAGACUACUAGAUUCCUAGGUGUAUUUGAUUUUUAAAUUUCCUGAGCAUUGAAUUAAAUAUUGUAACAAAUGAUGCAUAGGUGAAUUUUACUCUGUACUACAAAGAUUUGUUGCUGUACUGAACUCUGUUUGCCUGCUGAAAUUGUUGGGACACUAUAUGGUGUCAGGGUUUUCUUUAACGUGUGAAAUUUAUCUGGAAUACUUUGCUGCCUAGUAGUUUUUGUGAAGUGGUAUCAUUUGUUAAAUGGUGAAAUAGAAGAUACUUUCCAAUCACUCUGCCUUCUGAACAAACAGAUUUUUGUAGGCAUUUUUACAAGCAUAACAUUGUAUGGAAGAUAUGUGUUUAAUUUUGCCUUUGAAAUAUAUAGGGCUUAAUUUUCAAAAUCACAGUUAGUUAUUAUUUGUGUCUAUGGCUUUUUAAAAUAGUACUGUAAUUCUAUGCUACCCAGGUAUAACACUUUUUAUACAAGUCAAAUUGAAAUACAUUUUCUUUUAUUUAAAUGCUAAACUGGACUGUAGUAGUUCAGCAGUUUAGGAGAUUGAAUGAAAUAAGUGUUGAAUGAUAAGACGGUCAAUAAAGGUGCUUAUUGCUAA